UGUAGCUAACAGUUUUCUGCAGCAAAAGAACAACCUUCCAUUUUUUCCCUUUAAUUUUGGCACAAAUAUCAAAGAGGGUGAAAUUCAGUUUAGAAGCCAAGGAGAAAAAUGGCCACUGCACUCUUCUUGGCCACUCCACUUUUCCACCCUUCUCAGAAUAGAGAAGUAAGUGGAACAUCAGUUAGAAAAUUCAAUAGCUCAAUUUUUGGAGAAUUUAGGCUUCCAAGUUGUGUUCAGAAAGGGAUAACUCAGAGUUGCAGAAGCAGGAGUGUUUCCAUCACUUCAUUGUUUGGAAGGAAAGUGAAAGCUAAAACUAAGAGGGAAACUGUGAUUCCAGACCCAGAUUAUCGAAUACCCAUCGUCCUACUUGGUGCAACUGGUGCUUUAGUGUAUACUGACAAUCUAGUAGCAGCAGUACCAGUUGGUCUUCUUGGAUUACUACUUUUAGUUCAGGCUACAAGGGUCAGAUUUGUCUUUGAUGAUGAAGCACUGGAGGUGAAAGUAGGUUCUGAGCUCAAGGAAUCAGGAGAAAAUGCAUUUGUGGGUGGCAAGAACCGUUGGAAGUACUCCACAUUUGUAAAUUGGGAGUUCUGGUGGCCGAAUUUCCCUAUCUUGGUGUACUUCAAAGAAACACAAACCAAGCCAGAAGGACAAAUUCACUUCUUUCCUAUAAUCUUUAACGGAAAGCAACUCUAUGAUGUCAUGGUAGAGCGAGCAGGUUCAUCAAAAACCAGCGGCCCAUAAACAACAUGAAGAAUUGAGCUCAGUGAUCUCGUGUUAAAGGUUUUGAGUAGAAUGGUAUGAACACAAAAGUUGCCUACUGAUAAUUAAUCAAUCCAUCUUUAUUCCCAUAUAAGAUUUCUGUUUCACUAUUCCGAUAUGUUCUGCAUAUAAUAUCUGUAUGACUAUCUAUUCUUUAUAGUUCCCACAAGGCAUAAAUGACACCUUUUUCAUUGAUCCUUGAA